AAAAAGAGAGAGAGGGAGAUAGUUGCGUCAGACAUGAAUUUAGUCGUCGGCCACCACUUGGUCUCCUCUGUCUUUCCCUCAUCGGUUAUAAUAAAAGUGUUCUGUGUCAGUUGUCUGAUUAAUAACAGUAAGUUCAGUUAGACGGAGGCUAAGUUUUGUUUCGUCCUCAUAACUAUUUGAAAUAUUGCAAAUAAUUACGUUCAAAUAAUCUACAACGCACACAAAAAAACAAAACAAGUUUCCUCGACCAUUAUUGUUUGUCUCUCAACAAGUUGGAAGUUUUACAGAAUUGCAAAGCCAGGAAUAUAUUUCUUUUCAAUUAAUUAACACAUGAUAUGUGCGUGUGUAUAUAUAAAUAUACAUUAUAACACUCGUUAACAUUACUUUUUAAUAACUCGGCGCACAUUAUUUUCCUACAUCAAACACUCAUUGUGAUCUUACUUUUUAAUUAGUCAGCACUUUCGUGGCUCCAUUUAUAUAAUUUAAUUUCAAACUCUUUGUUGUGUAGACUUUUAUUGCGGCCAAAGAAGAAGCAGAAAUUGUGUUUGUUAUGUUAAACUAAAAGUAUCGAUGGUCAGCAGUUUGACCAGACAUUCAGCCACGAAAACUGUUGGUUGUUUCAGUUCAAUUAAUUCCUUUUGUUGGUCACCAAUCCAUUGUAUGUGAGACGUUAUUUCCUUGACCACCACUACUAAACUAAGCUAUGGCAUCAGGAAUAACUGAAGAACAACAGGCCAUACUGAAUGAUCUCUACCUAAGACAACUUAACUUGCCAGAUGCACUUACAUUGGAUAAUAUCAUUGAGAACUUUUCUAUGCUAAAUCUAACAUCUCUUUCAGAUGUCUGUAAGGUGUGCUACAGUAAUUCUACCUCUGUUCACUACCGGCCAUGCUGCAAUUUCCUGGUCUGUUCUUCGUGCUUAACACGUUACCUGUCUGAGAAAGUUCAGUUAGGAAUUGUUAAUAUAAAAUGUCUUAACAUUUGUGAGUGCUACAUCAACCAAGACGAUAUCAUGGCUUACUUACCAUCAUCUUUGAAAGAGAAAUUCAACAAGUUUCUGGUUGACGCUAAUAAGGAUCCUUGUGUUAAAACCUGUCCAAACUGUUGUUCCAUUAUCUCAAUUGACAAAUCUCAAAUGAAGCAUAAAAAAUGCAAAAAAGGUCUGAAGGUUGUUUGUUCCACUUGUUCAACUGCAAUAUGUUUCCCCUGUCAAGCACAAUGGCACGAAGGAAUUACUUGCAAACAAUUUCAGAAAGGAGACAAAAUGGUCUCAAUUUGGGCUAAAAAUUACCAAAAUGGUCAGCUUAAUGCACAACAAUGUCCAAAAUGCAAGAUUUUCAUCCAACGUUCCACUGGCUGUGAUCAAAUGUCUUGUAAGAAAUGUGAUACCAAUUUCUGCUAUCUUUGUGGAGAUAAAUUUCGUGGAAUUAAAUUUUUUGGUGAUCAUUUUAGCAAAUUAAGUGUAUUUGGUUGCAAAUACCAUUUCCUCCCACAAAAAAAUAUCACCAGGAAAUUAAUUCGAGGAACUUUAUUUGGUGGAAAGUUGCUGGCUUCAAUUAUGCUUGGUAGCUUGGCUGUUGGGGUUGGUGGCGCUCUUGUAGGAUUAGGGACUGUCUUCCUCCCAGUUUAUGGAAGUGUCUGCCUGUAUCGACGCUUGAAGUAUCAAAAAAAGGUCUUAAAUAAAUACAGAAUUAACUGUCCUAUGGAACUUCGUGAGGUGGACUUCGAUUUUGCACAGAUGGAUGCCCUUUCUGUCACCAACCCUCAUUUAUUUCAAGAUUCCAACAACAGUUUCGAUGACCUCCAACUCUACUUUGCCAGACCACACAAACUAAUAUUAGACGAAAACAUUGAUUUUAUCCACAAUUAUCCUUCAAAACAAACAGAUAAUUCUUCAGACAUAAAACCUGAAGGAAUAUAUAGCCUACCAAGCACUUUGUUUCAGCUUGAAGAGGACUCCGAUCUUGGUCAUUCUAGUAUGCUGUCUGUCUGCCACAGCUGUGAGUCAAUAGCAUCAAAUUCUAACACGUGUUUACAUUCGGACUCUGAUGAGGAUUCCAUUUUUUCAGCCUUGUCUAGUAGUGUUUUAGACUUGCAGACAAAUAUUUAAACCAAAAAAUUUAUUCCUCAAAUCUUUUGAGAGAAAAAAAACAACAAAACAUUGUGAUAAGACUGAUCUUCGUUAAUUUUUAUAAUCAUUUCAAUAACUUAUUGAACAGCUUCCUAUGAAAAACACUUCAUCAUUACAGAAAAUAUUUUACAAUUUUUGUUUUAUUUUUUCAUGCAUUAAUUAAUAAUUAAUUAAUUAAAGCUGUUUUAUUAUUUAUUAUCUUGUGACAAACGAUUAUUUUUCCAUAAAUUCCAACAAGAUAAAAAAAGCAAAAACUUUUUUAUUUCUUAUGUGGGAAUUGUUCAAUAUAACAUGUAUUGUUUUAUUAUUGUCAAAUUUCUUUUAUUGUUGCCAGUGCAGGUGGCACGUAAAAAAACACCUUUUCAGCAUGGCCGUUGCCAGUCCUUUGUGACUGGCCCUCAUGCUGGUGGCACGUAAAAAGCACUCACUACACUCUCAGAGUGGUUGGUGUUAGGAAGGGCAUCCAGCUGUAGAAACUCUGCCAGAUCAGAUUGGAGCCUGGUGCAGCCUUCUGGCUUGCCAGUACUCAGUCAAAUCGUCUAACUCAUGCUAGCAUGGAAAGCGGAUGUUAAACGUUGAUGAUGAUGAUACAAGACAACCAUUCCACAUUUGUUGCCUUAUUCAAAUGGAAUAUUGUGUCUGGUCAUAGAAUUGGAAACAUUUCAAUAUUUUUUUUUCUUUGCUUCUGAAGUCAUUUUAUUUUCUCUUCCUUUCUAUUUAUGAAUCCUCGUUCCUGACUCAACAUCCCCAUGGAUGUUCACUAUUUUUAUAAAAUAAUUUAUAUUUUAUCCAUCUUAAUGCGGGUUCCCCAUUUAUUCUGGGGUAAGGAAUUUUUUACCAAUGCUGAACUUAAAAGAUUAUGAUUCUACAUUAAUAUUAAUAAAUUCCUAAUUUUAUUUCUCUUCUGAGACUGAGCAAAAUACCACUCCCAACAUAUGAAUCAGCUCUUCUUAUUCCUUUUUAAAAUAUUUCUCUAGGCCUGAAAGCUCUAUUGUAGCUUAUUGUUUUCGGUACAGUUGACUUUUUGGUGCCUUCUAACAAAAUGAAGUAAUUUCAAGUUACCAAACUUAUAGGAGCUGCUAAAAUAUUGAGGUUUAUCUUCUUUAAUAAAUCCAUUUCUAAACCAAGUUAAAUCUUUAAGGAACUGUUCCUCAUAAACCAGUCCAUAUCCAAUAUACUCCCAGCCAAUAACAUUUUUUGCAUUUUCUGUCCAAAUGAAAGUAUCCAUCAAAAUCUAUUUUGUUUUCGUAUCAUUUUGUUGGACAAAUUGUCCAAUACUUUCCAACCAGUAAAAGACAUUCAAAUAUUUUAUAUUAAAUGUUAUAGAAAAGUUAAUAAUCCAGAACUCGCCUUCUUAAAAAGAACCCUUCUAAUAAUGUUUCAGUUUGAGAUAGAUACAUCAUCGGAACAUUAUUUACAUUUGACGGAUAUUUGUCCUCAUCUUGUUUGUUGGUAACACAACGUUUCGGCUGAUAUACCCUCCAGCCAUCAUCAGGUGUCUUGGGGGAAAUUUCAAACCUGGGUUCUCAUUCCUGAGGUAUUUUUCGAUGUUAUUAUUAUUCAGGUCACUGCCUGAAAUCGAAAAAUACCUUAGGAUUCGAAAUUUCCCCAAGACACCUGAUGAAGGCCAGAGGGUAUAUCAGCCGAAACAUUGUGUUAACAACAAACAAGAUGAGAACAAAUAUCCAUUGAAUGUAAAUAAUGUACAUAAUUCCUCAUCUUGUAAAUAUAGAACUGUAACAUCAUAGGAAGUUGAGGUAUGACUGGGAUAAAUCUUUAAGCAAGGAUAUUGACAAAGCAGCAGCUCUUAACAUUUUCAGGAUGACCCAAUGGUUGAUUGUGAUGUUUAGAAUUUCAGUUUGGUUUCUUCUCGACUUGAACUUUCAACUCUUCCUUUUAUUCAUAUCAUCAUUAAGUCUGAAUUUUGUUUAUUAAUUUAUAUGAGAGAGAGAUGGCAGAAAAUGGAAUUAAUGACAUUCUUUAUUCACUAGAAUUGUUUCUCCACAUUCUCACACCUGUAGUUCAUAGGUGAGAUGUUGAUUUUAGAAAAUGAGAUUCACAACAUUAUUUAUCAUUUGGCUAUUUAUAUAAACUCUAGAUACAGAAUUCCUGAUGUAUAUCCAAUUGCGGGAGUAUUUCUACUGUAUGAUGACAUCAAAUAGCCAAUAACUGUGGACAAGCUUUGCAUAGCAUUCUAUAGGGCUUUUGCCUCAAUGUAUAUAAUCUAUAUAUAUUCUCACCACCCACAAAAUCCCUCAAAGGCAUGUCCUGACACUUCUUUGCCAUCUCUCUCACCCUGCUUUCCCUUCCAACUGGGUAAUCCAUGUAUCUAUAGCAAGACCCCUAUCUCUGUCCCUUUAUAUCUUUAACCUCUCAACUGGCACAAAGCUGCCCCACUAAUACUUCUCCCCACUCCCAUUUCAAGAGUUGGCAUUUACAUAAGGGAGAAAGAAAGCCAUCACCACAACAAGCUAUUACAGUUUUCAGUGUUUGAUUCAUUUCAUUUUUCCCCCCUCUUAUCUUUCACUGCUACCCCCUCAACUAACACUUGUCACAACUUACUCUGCCAUGUCUUCCUUUCUCCCUUGCCAUUCCGUGUCAUUUCCACCAUCACAAUAACAAUAGACGUCUACAGUUCUCAGUUUUUCACUUGCAAAACCUGUAAAAUUUCCACAAAUUUCACUGGUUGAAAUUAUUCCUGCUUUCAGAACAAUUGCUUUGUGUCAAAGACAAUCUGAUUGUUUGAAAACAAGAGAACAACUGCCUUCUACAGUUCUUUCUGCCUCAAUAAGCACAGCAUUUGACCUACCUUGUCCCCAGCAGAACAAAAUACCUGUCCUGCUCUUGCUAGAAAUUGAUCUCGUUUUGCUGUCUCAAAUCUCUCAAGAAGUGGAAAUAAUUUUUAUAAAUGAAGAAUUUAUCUUAAGCAUUGGCAGUUGACACAGAUGUAUAAAUCAUACGCACAAAUGUAUAUCUUUUAUGUUUUUUUUCUUUAUAUACCCUUAUAUAUGUCUUUGUUCAAAUACAUACCACUGACCAAUU